CGGCGGCGGCGAGGCGGAGCGCGGCGGGCCCCGCUCCGCGGCGUGCGCCGGCAACCAUGAACUUUCUGCUCACUUGGAUCCACUGGGGGCUGGCGGCGCUGCUCUAUCUGCACAGCGCGGAGUUGUCGAAGGCUGCCCCUGCCCUGGGGGAUGGGGAGCGGAAACCCAACGAAGUUAUCAAAUUCCUGGAAGUCUACGAGCGCAGCUUCUGCAGGACAAUUGAGACCUUGGUGGACAUUUUCCAGGAGUACCCUGAUGAGGUGGAGUACAUAUUCAAGCCAUCCUGUGUGCCUCUGAUGAGAUGUGCAGGUUGCUGCGGCGAUGAGGGUCUAGAAUGUGUCCCUGUGGAUGUGUACAACGUCACAAUGGAGAUCAUGAGAAUUAAACCUCAUCAGAGCCAGCACAUUAUGCCCAUGAGCUUCUUACAGCACAGUAAAUGUGACUGCAGACCAAAGAAAGAUGUCAAAAAUAAACAAGAAAAGUGGGCACAGAAACCCAGAUCUGAUGGUCCUUCCUUCAUACCCCAGAACUGGAACUUGCAUGACCCACGACCAUGGCAGUCAUUUCUAAUGCUUUACCCUGAGUCAGGGAAGUCCCGUCAUGUGUGUCCUACCGGAAUGGAUUCAAGAAAAUCAAAGCGAGGAAAGGGGAAGGGUCAAAAGAGAAAGCGCAAGAAAGGCCGGUACAAACCACCCAGCUUUCACUGUGAGCCUUGCUCAGAAAGGAGAAAGCACUUGUUUGUACAAGAUCCCCAGACCUGUAAAUGUUCCUGCAAAUUCACAGACUCACGUUGCAAGUCGAGGCAGCUUGAGUUAAACGAGCGCACUUGCAGAUGUGAAAAACCGAGACGGUGAGCAGCCGAAAAGAAGGGGGAACAGCCCUGUUUCUGGAGCCUGAUUUCUCGCCUGGACAGAAAAAAAACAAAACACUAAUCCAAAUGAACCCUAAAAAUGAAGGAUCGGUAGAGCACAGCACUUUCAGUACGGACGAUGGACUCCGGAAGGAACAUUCCCCAAGGCACCCGCCGCACAGAAUUCACCUUUGGGUUUUGAACUGUUUUAUUUUAUUUUUCUUUUCAUGCUGCUAAAUAACAGAGCCAGGAAGACUAUAGGGGUGUAUUUGAUGGGUUUUCCCAUACAUACAUAUAUAUGUGUGUAUACAUACAUAUACAUAUAUAUAUAUGUAUAUAUAUUUUAACCACAUCUAUAUAUACAUAUAUGUAUAUCUUAACCACAAACACACACACACACACACACACAUACACACACAUAUAUAUAUACUGAUUAUUUUUUUUAACAUUGCUAAUGUUAUUGGUGUCUUCACUGGAUAAUACUCGACUGCUGUGGACACAAGCGGGCUACUUGGGGCAUAAGAAACAAGCUAAGACUGGACUUAAGUAGAAGCGCUGGGUGUAAACUUCUUAACUCUAACUGACUUGUGCGGCCUCCGCUGUUUCUUUGUAGAGUGUGCUGUUCCACAAACCGCCUUCUCCUUGCCUUGGACAGGGCGGAGAGGUGACGGAGAGGAUGGGCAGGGAGUUCCAAAGAGAGGCAUCCUAGGGUGCGAUGGGUCAAAGGCCAAGGAACAGGCCGUCUGCGUGAUCAAGGAUUCCUCCUCCCCUCUCUUCCCCCAACUUUCGCCCUUAUCGUCUCAUAACUUGCCUGCCUUGCUGGGACAUGGGAUGUCAGUGUACAUUUUGCGUUGACUUUAUUCGCUAUAGAAACUUUGCCAGAAAGACGAGCUGGUGUUUUUUAAGGAUGGUGGGCAGCUGAUGCGCACUAACUUUCCAUUCAAGGAAGUAUCACAGGAGUCUAGAUUUCCCGCCCUUGGUGGCUGCAAAAGGACACAAGGCCUACAGUGUGCUGAAGCAAGAAUGGGGACCGGUGCAUAGCCACACAAUUGUUCAGCACUGUCUGCUUUCUUCAUGCACAGAGCUGCCACUCAAGAGCAUCCAAGAUGCUUAUGGAACAUUUCUGGAAAGGGAUAUUAAUCAAAAGUAUAUACACAGUCGGGGUGUGUGUGUAUGUGAAUGUGUGCAUUUAUGUCUGUGUGUAUGUAUGUUUCUCUCUUUAUAUAUAUAUAUAUAUAUAUUUACAUAUAUGUAUGUGUGUGUAUGUAUAUAUAUAUAUAUAAAUAUAAAUAUAUAUAUAUGUGUAUGCCAAGAUUGAAGGGGGAAAAAAGGAAGCAAUUUUUGCUGCCUUCAGUUUUGUGUGCCCAGUGUGAAUGACCCUUGAGAACGUCAGAUUUUUUUGCUUGACAUUCUGCAAAUAUCAGGCCCCUUUUCCAUUUCUUGGGCUGAGGAAUCAAAUGUGAAGGCAGCAGGAAUCCCUAAGUUGUGUCUGAAAAUCUUGGCUGUGUGUGUAUCUGCAGUAUACCCUGUGGUGUAUGUGAAACCCACCUUAUACACGUGCGCACACACACACACCCCUGAAAGCGUGUUUGUACAUCUGUGUGGAUAUAUAUAAUCUAGUUCUGUGAUUAAAAUUAUUAAUAAUAAUAAUAAUAAUCAAAAAGGUACUCGGUCUGUGUCAGAAUGCUGCCAAACAUCAUCUGCAACUGAACUUUCAACGCUUGAUAAUGUACAACACGGAAAUCUUCCAAAAAGACAAGACAGUCUAAAAAUAGACUCACAACAAGUGACUACUAACCACUAGGAACUCCCCAUCCGACUGAUGGUUUUCAGAAGGAGAAAAAACACACGGGUGGGUGCUUGCAUCUACAAUGUAUAAUACUCAUGCUGCAUCAUGCGCAAGACAGAGGCUUCCGAUGGGGGGGAGGGAAGAGAAAGUGUUUUAUAUACUUAUUUAAUAUCCCUUUUUAAAUUAGAAAUUAAACAGAUAAUUUAAUUAAA